AAUGACGGCGGCCCGUGCAGCGGGUGAGUUUUCAUGUCUCAGCUUUGGAAGUUUACCUUGCAGGUGUCAAGUUGCGGCAGCGUCAUUCCGGCUUAUUUUGGGUGCCACUGCUUCCACGCUACUGACAUCUGCAUCUGCCCUUCUCCAUGUUUUCGGACAUAUUUCCCAGCCUUGCAUAUCACUCCCCUAAUCAUCCUAUGAUUUCUAUAUGGCAUCACUAACAUGUGUUGUUCGCAGCCCAUGCAGAUGACUUCGACAUGGCCAAGCUAUCAAAGUCGCUGAAGCAACGGCAACGGCAUGCUCGUCGUAACAGUGCCAAUGUCGCAAAAUUGACGCCAGCCGAAAUCCGAUCGCUGAAUAACAAAGGCCUCGACUCCACGACUGGAAGUCAGUCCAGCUCGAAUUCGGUUUCACCCGUCAAGUCACGGCGUGCAACUACUACGACUCCACCAACCACUCCUCCCGAAAAGGCGUCUGCCUACCAGGCACAGAGCCACAGAAACUCCGUCUCUCGGAACUCGACCGUCGAUGUCCCCACACCUCCUCACACGCCCAAUGGACAUCGAAGGCCAUCGCAAUCAAGUACACGCAGCCACAGCCAUGGUCAUCAUUCCGAUCAACCUCAUGGUAACGGAACUAUUCACGCUCCUCGUCCUAGAGGUUCUGCUCACGCCGCUUUUGUGGCGGCUAACGGAUUGUCUCCACGACCAUCAAGCUCCGGAUCGUCGACCUAUCGUGGGCUUCAAACUUACAGGGGUCCGGAAGUCACUCGAAAUGGGUCCUUCAACAUGCUUCAGCGACCAUCUUCCAAUAUUGUUACCAACCCGCUUUCUUACUUUUCCAGGCCCCGGCAAAGCGUGCUUAGUGCAUCGCCGGAGCGGUCUCGCAGCUCUCAGGAAGUGAGCAUCUAUCGUGCCCAGAGUUUGCGGAACGAACGUGAUAAUUCAAUCUCCAACAUCAGCGCGGCUUCCUCGCGACCCGCCAGCCCUCACAGGCAGAGCGACUCCCCGGUGUCCAUGAUGCAUGAAAAUGAAAAGUUUACAGUGCUCAAUCCAGCGGAUGAUCCACACAAUCAGCCAAAGGUUUCAAGCGACGGCGAGAUACCUGCGAUGAAUGAGAAAGCAGUCAACACAGCACCAGAUGAGAAAGAAGCGUUUCCUCCGUUGCCAGUACAACGCGUCACAGACCAGGCAGAGACACCCAAAAGGGAGAGCAAGAAGAGGUUCACUCUUUUUGGGGCGGAAAAGGGCAACCAAGACGGAACGGACAGUACUAAUAAGCUGAAGAAGUUGAGAAGACGGUCUCUGCCACUCACCGAACUCCAUCAGCCGAAAAGUUCUGAAGUGGAACAAUUGCCAUCCGAAGGCCAAGCCGCGGCGUCGAAUGAGGAGCUCCAUGUGGAUGGUGCCCAAAUCGAGGAGUGUGACUUUGCAGCUCAUCCGGCAGUUCGACCUCUAUCCCUUGUCAUCCCUGACGAAUUCAAAGGCAAGGAGAGGGAAAUUGAUUGCGGCCCAGUCUACGCUCGUUGCUCUUGUUGUGGCAAAAUCAAACGUCCACCUGGAGCAUCCGAUCUCAGUCCAGUCAUGGAAAACGAAAACCUGCGGACAAAUUUCAGCUUUGAAAUCGAAAGGACGUCUAAUAAUCCCGCCAGACGCAGCUCGGACAGCAGUCGAGGGAAGUUCACACCUAUAAUACCGAUGGUAGUGGCCGAGAAUGAGACCCGCCAGGCCAGCAUCGAACCAUACAAGACUCCUAUCGAGCCGACAUCGCACCAACGACAGGUUACCAGCCCAGGUCCCAGCUCCAGGAAGAUGAAUCCCCAUCUCGCCUCGCCGCCAAAAUUCGUCCGAUUUGUAAGUCUCCACGGUCGAAGAAAUGUUGAUUCCUCUAUAAUCGACGAAGAGGACGAAACGGAAGUGGUCAAGGAAACGCCGUUGGUAGCCGAGCGAACCCAUGUUCAUUUCGCUGAUGUGAAGACGCAUGAGUUUGGAGUGUCGAAUGAGAUUGUGAAUGGUCAAGCCAUGCCUGAGGCCCAGACGAACCAAGAGACGGCGGAAGCAAAGCUCGAGGACCAACAUACGAACACUGAACUGGUGGAAAGCACCCCUAGAGCACCAUCAAAUGCUGGAUCCGAGUCUGAUGCCUUCUUCACGCCUAUGGAUGGUGCUACGCCUCUCGACGAGGAUCCAACAUGCGAGAUAGAAGAGGAAAACGAGCUGAAACAGAAUUCUCAAGGCAGGUCCUUGCUUACUUUGCCACAACCAUCGUUCGGACCGCAAUUUACUCGCAGCAGCGACUCGCUAAGAGAUUUUGUCCUACGAAGCGGCAGUGUGAGGGUGGCGGGUGACAGGGAGAACUUGCACGAGCUCAGUAAGCAGGUGAGCAGGGAAAAUGAAGUCAUGGCUGUAUGAAAGAGGUGGAUAAAGUAUGCUGGUUGUCAUGUGGCUGUUGAUGUGCAUGUUUUCAUGAUAGCGUUAGUGGAUGCGAGCGAGCGAGCAAGUAAGCGGGUUGUUUGCGGUUGAAUCAAUGCAGAAUCACGAUAAAUAUGAGGCUCAAUGAAAUGAUAUUUUGACGACUGACUUCU